AUGCGUGCAAUCCUGAAGCGCCAUAGGAAGAUAUUCCUGGGUGAUGGAAAUGCCGUUCCUGCUCCCGCUAGAGGAGUGGUAUGUGACCUCGAUGUAGGAGAUGCCAAACCUAUCACGUUGCGCCCAAGGUCAAUUGGACCACACGUGGCAGUCAAGGUAUACGAGCUCCUCAAGAAAUUGCUCGAGAACAAUCUGAUUGAACAUUCUGAAGCGCAGUGGGCAUCCACGAUCGUGAUCGUGCUCAAGCAAAAUGGAGUGGACAUCAGGAUGUGUAUUGACUAUCGACUUGUGAAUAAUUUCAUCGAGCUGUCUAGCUAUCUGCUACCCCUCAUCGACGACUUGCUAGUCGGUUUCGAGAAGGCACUCUGGUUCAUGAGCCUGGAUAUGGCCAGCGGCUUCUGGGCGAUCAAGAUGACUGAAAGAGUUAAGUUGAUUUCGGCCUUCGUGUGUCCGUUUGGACAUUUUCAGUGGAUUCGAAUGCCAUUUGGUCUGAAAAACGCACCCCUGAUCUACCAGCAAGUGGUCAACAAUUGCCUGUGGGGUUUCGUGCGUCUACCACCAGAAGAGGAGGCGGAAGUCGACCAAGAGGUUUUGGAUUACCUGGAUCUGGAUCUCCAGGACGAUGGACCUCCAGGGCGUGGUACUCCAGGGUACACCGGUUGUGAAGACGACCAUGUCCCUCGGGCGUUGCCGACCCUGGCGGACCAAAUGACAGUGUUCAAAAGGAACACCCCUGCUCCAAUCCAGAUGCUGCGAUAUUGGAAUAUUUCAGUAAGUCUGCCGAAGAGCGAGUUUGGAAAACUGUCCAUCCCAUAUGUGUCACAUGAGAUUAGCGCUGAAGGGAUCAGGGCAACACCGAAGAUCGCUAAGGGGGUUCAGGAUUUACCGUUCCCAACUACCUUGAAGGGGGUGCAAUCUUUCUUGGGCAGCCUGAAUUACUAUCAUAAAUUCAUCGAAGACUACACCGUGGUUGCAGCCUCCCUGUAUGAACUCUCAGACGACCAAGUGCGUUCAGGGCGAGAUCUAUCCAGGGCAAAGCAGGCGUUUGAAAUCCUGAAGCACAAGAUCGUGUCGACCCCGCCUGUGCGUUUUACGGGGCGUGUUCUCCACGAUGCGGAAUUG